UUGGCAUGAGAGAUAUCAUUGACCUCGAAUUUAAAAAGUUUAUAAUAAUAAUAAUAUAAACCUGCGAUAGAUACAGAGAGUGAGAAAGACAAAAGUAGGUCUAUAUAGGGUGUAGUAUAUCUUCAUCAUUAAGAAAGCUAGUUCUAGCGAAAUUAAUUUCAGAGAGAAUUGAAGAAGUUGUAUCAAUUCAACUCAAGCCAAGUCUUUUUCAGUAAUACUAAAGCGAGAAACUUAGUGGGUGCAUUUUAGUAGGACAACCAGUUUUGUUAAGAAGAUAAGGAUAACAGGGAAACCAAAACUUCAUUGGGUUAUGUUGGCCAUAAACUGAUAAAGGAGAAAAUCAGGGAUAAGUAAUGGAGAUAAGCUUAUGAAAAGAAUUGCCAUCAGAAUUUUUGGAGGCUUGCACACCUAACAAGUGUUCAAGAGAAAAAUCAAUGAUUUCCUGAAAACAAGAGGUUAAUCUAGGACAGUUGGAGCAAUCACACCCAGACGCUUCAAAUUUCAUCCAUUAUUAACAUUUUUUAUGUGUAUAGAAAAUUAAAUUUACCUGUUUUUAAAGCUGUACAUCUGUACAAUAUUUAAUGACAGUAUCUGUAAAGUGUUUAUUAUUGUGAUAUAUAUCUGUUAGGUUUUUUGCACUUUUCUUAGUAUGUUGGAAAAUAAGUUAAAUAGAAAUUUUUUAAAGGAGUCUGAAAUCUUCCACCCCUUAGCUUUUAUUGAAGGCAUUCAUAAUGAUUUACUUGAUAUUAGAAUUGAAAGAAAAGAGCAAACACAUUCUAUCAAAAGAGAAGAUAUAUAUCUAACAGCUGGGUCAACACAUUUCAAAGUUCUACUUCCUCUUAAAUGUGGGGAUAACAGUUUUAUUUUGCAUUGUGGCAAGCACGAAAUUCCCUUUAACUUAAAGUAUACGGCAUCUGUUAAUAAAAAAUUUGUAAGACUAGUUUAUAUAAAAUGUAAAGAUGAUGAUGGUCAGUUUCAAGCUCCUUCAGAGGAAAACAACUCUGUUUCAAGUGCUUGUUCAAGGAUAUCUUUGGGAGCUCAGCUUUUGCAGACGUUCACAGCAGAGAAAAUGAAAGAACAGGGUUUUCCAGCAAAAACGUUCCACUUGGAGGAAGAUGAAAACAACAAGCCAAUCUGUUAUGUGUUCACAUCUUCAUUAACAGUAUUGGAAGCUCAACAGUUGAAGGGGGAAGCAUUGUGGAGCCAUUUUGCCAAAGAAUUGAUGAACAGCUCUUUAAGAAAUGACAAUUGCAAGUUUUUGGCAUUCUUAUCAUUCACAAGAUAUCAGAACUCAAAUGGUAUCAUUCCUAGCAACCACUCAGAAGUGCUUGACCUUGUCAAAGGUCAUGUUGCACUUGGUGCAAGUGGCUUAGCUCUACUCGGGACAGGAUGUCUUCACACUUGGGCUCAAAAUCUAGAAGAACUGAAAUGGCGUUUUAAUGAUAAUCGAAAAAUCAACAAGAAGGAACUUAUGGAUGACAGUGGUUUGAGAGGAACUCAUUGGGCUUGUUACUCUACUGGUCUCGGAGCAACUCUACAUGAACUAGGUCAUACAUUUGACUUGGGUCAUUCCACAUAUGGCAUCAUGGGAAGGGGGUUUGAUGACAUUUACAAAUUUUUUACUGUUCAAGAUAAAUGUUGUCAACCAAAUGUACAAGACGAUAUGAAGGUAAUAAGCAAAACCAGUUGUACUGAAGUCCAUAACCAAGUACCAUUAAUAAAGAACUUAUGUUGGGAAACAGUUACACCACCUGACAGCAACACAGUAGCUGGUUUUCAUGGAGUUUCUAAAAGUGAUUACAGAGAUUUAGUUUCCUUGUCUACCAGCUCAGCUAUUUGUCAGUGGAGUCAAGAGAUUUUCUGGUCAAGAUCAUGUGCUGUUCUGUUGAAUUUCCACAAGUGGUUUAACUUAUUCAAUCCUAAAGACCCCACGUUACUGCCAAACAUUAGCAGUAACAAAGCUACAUCUGCUCAUGGAAUCCGACUGGUUGAAUUUCGUGAUAAGGAUAGUAAUUAUCUUCACCACUGGGAGUUUCUUCGGGGUGAUGGACUUCGUGAGCUUCCUCUACAUUUGUCAGACAUGUCCAGUUGGCUUCCAGAAAACACUUCUAUGUUAAAAAUCAUCAUAGCUGAUUCUUAUGGAAACAUCUUGAAGAGAGAUGUUUCUUUAAAAAACUUAGAUGUGUAACUUAUGUUAUAAAUUGUGAUAGGAAAUCAUGGUUCAAAGAAUCUCGGUGAUAGUGAUCAGUGGCGAAUAAUUAUUAAAUAUUUAAUGUAAAAACUCAAGAAUAUGACAGGUAUGUGAUAGUAAUUCCCCACUGUUAUUUGUGUUCAAAAUCACUAAUAAGUGUAUAGAUAAUAUGUUAAUAGUUUUUUACUUAUUUUCUAUAAAUUACCAGUUAUUGUAUUAUUAUACAAUUGCUUAGUUGCUCAGUGUAAUAGUCUUACCUCUUGCAAAGUGAUAGGUGCUGAAUUUAGAUCUUUAAUUAUUCAGAGUUCUUUAUUCCAUACAGUAAGAAAGAAAGAUACUAAUUCUACAGACAUUUACUGAACUAGUAGUAAUUGUAAAUUUUGAAAAUUAAAAUGAUUUUUUGAUGACAUAGUUGUUACAAUAAUGAACCUUUUACAUAUAAUUUUAUUUCAAUUGAAAAUCUAAUAUUUCUGCCAUUAUUUGUUUUCUGUGAGCAACCUUUUAGCAAUAAUUUUCUUUACUAGCACACCAUUUCAGGAUUUCUGGAUUUAAACAAAUGUCUUAUAAAAUACAUUCCAAUUUAAAGCAUGUAACCUAGACAAUACUUGCAAGCAUAGACAUUUUGAAAUAUUAAUAAAUUUUCUUGCUUAUUAAAUAUUUAUGUCUUUAUAUUUAGUGAGUACAAACAGUUUAUUGCAUACAACCUCCACUGCUAGAUUGUUUUUUAAUAAAUUUUCUUUCCAAUUAAUUA